GUCCUGGCCGCACUUGGUUCGAUGAAGAGUGAGUUGCUCACGGCGAUAGGAGCGGCUAACGCCAGGACCGACGCCUUGGAGCUUCAGAUCCAGGGGCUUCAAGCGCAGCAAGUCUCGUCGGUGCAGGAGAUGCAAACGAUGGUGACCUCCAUGUCGGCCAGCUGGGAGGCGCGCUCCCAGCAGAUCACGGGCUCGGCGAUUGUGGUUGAUGACGGCAAUGGCUGGCAUGACUGCCCUGAGGGUUCGGCAGGACCCAUGCCUGAGAUGUUCACCGACGCGCUUCAGAACAAUGAGAAGGACACGCAUAACCCUUGCAGGAUUUGGAUUGGUGGAUGGCCACGUGAGGUGCUUUCGCAAUAUCGGAAGGAGCACUGGGAGUGGUACAAGACUCAGGUGCCCCAGGACAUGAUUUCUAAUACCCAGCCAUCGUUCCAGCGAACGAGCCGUUCGUACUCGGUGGUGUUUGAGACGGAGGAGGCUGCGAAUCGGUUCAAGCAGUGGGCCUUCACGACACCAUCGCAAUGGAAUGACUAUCGUGAUCGAGCAAAGACGUUCCCCAUUCGUGUUCGAGGCGACAUUCCCCUUCCUGCUCGGCUGAGGAAGAGUACACUGUCGUGCUUGUGGGAGCCGAUGAGGGUGAAGCUGACGUCCAAGGGCCUCUGGAACGGCUCGCUGAGGAUGGGCUGCUCUGGCUAUGGCUCUGGUCGUUUUCAGAUUUCGACGGAUGCGGACUCGUGGGCCCUGUUCACGUUGAAGACAGAGGAGGGCCAGUUCGUCAUCGUCCCCAACCGUGAAGAGCUGUAUCAGUGGAAGUUCACCGAUGCUGAGAUUGAUUUCAUCAUCGACAUUGCUGUUAAGAACAAACCGUACCUGUAGGAUGGGGUAUGGCGGACACCCACGACCAGGACAGAUCAGGUUCCGCCUCUGCUGAACAUAGGGAGCGACAUCAGUGGGGAUGCACGCGAUUCAGCUGAGUGUUAUGAGCCUGCCAUGCCUGUCGCCUUUUCGAAUCGUGAGUCUGCAGCCUCUGUUUGUACAGUGCAGCCAGCACCGUGCGAGUCGUCGGCUCAUGAUUUUAACUUUCCGUUCUGUCCUCCCUCCCCUUUCUCCAU